CGUACCCAGGAGCCCUGGAUUUGCACUCGUGAGCACGAGGAGAAAAACGCCGGCCUCUCGGCGUGCAGGACUUCUGCAAGAGAUUUCAGUUGACGAAAGAAGUGCUCAACGAUGACCCAGCAAUUUCCUUCUCUCUCGCAUCUAACAAAAGGAUUUUUCAAAGCAAUGACAGAAUGGGGAUGUCCAAAGACUAAGAGCCCACGUGUAGUACUUGGAAAAUUGCCUGCGAAGCAAACUCUCCUUGCUUAAACCCGGCUUAACUAUCCGAGUCUCAAGGCUUAGCAUCGAGCCGGUUGUAAAGGCACGGAUGGAGUUGGCGGGACGGAAGUAAGAGCUCCAGAAAUGGCUGCCUUUGCAGUAGGUAAUACCUACUGGGACCGAUUUUCUAUAACUUCUAGAAGAGAGACGACAUCUGUCAAUCUUCCUAUCGCUUCACACACAGGAGGUGCUUAGUACGUAUUUGUCCAACACCACAUCUGCAAAAUUAGAGAUGCUCAAAAUAGGCAAUCGCCGAAAAGGGCAGUGGAAAACAUGAAUUUGGUGGCGAUGGCUUGGAGGAUGCUUCCACCGCGUUCCUUAAAAGAGCUCUGUGCCCGCCUGUUGGGCGGGUUGCAGACCCCGGGCGCGCGCACUCCCAUGCGGCGCGAGCCAGCGGCGGCGGCUGCCAUGGAGACCCGCAGGUGAGCGGCAGAGCAUCGCGUGGUCCCUGCCCCACCCGCGCGGAGGCAAAGAGGAGGCGGUUGCCAAGGCGACGUGGGUAGGAGGAGGACAAGAGGAAGGAGGAAGGAUGGGCGGCCUUGGCGUAGCCGCAGGGAGGUGACUGAAGCGAGCCCAGCCCCUUGCAUCCUCCCCCUGUGAAUCUCCCUCCCCUUUUUUCCUGCCUUCUGCCCGCGGUAGCAGCAGCCGCAGCACCUGAGCCGCUGCUGCGGCCGGUUCUGGACAACGCUAUGGCUGAGCCUGGGCGCAGCCACCAGCCCUCUGCCCGAGGCAGGGGAAGAACUGAGCGGCGCACACUCCGGCUUCUGCGGCUCCUGCUCUGGGUUGGGACCGCCUUCCAGGUGACUCAGGGAGCGGGACCGGAGCUUCAUGCCUGCAAAGAGUCUGAGUACCACUACGAGUACACCGCGUGUGACAGCACAGGCUCCAGGUGGAGGGUCGCCGUGCCACACACCCCAGGCCUGUGCACCAGCCUCCCGGACCCCAUCAAGGGCACCGAGUGCUCCUUCUCUUGCAAAGCCGGGGAGUUUCUGGACAUGAAGGACCAGUCAUGUAAGCCGUGCGCUGAGGGCCGCUACUCCCUCGGCACAGGCAUCCGGUUCGACGAGUGGGAUGAGCUGCCCCACGGCUUUGCCAGCCUCUCAACCAACAUGGAGAUUGAUGACAGCACCACCGAGUCCACCGAGAACUGCACUUCGUCCAAGUGGGUCCCCCUGGGCGACUACAUCUCCUCCAACACAGACGAGUGCACGGCCACGCUGAUGUACGCUGUCAACUUGAAGCAGUCGGGCACUGUCAACUUCGAAUACUACUACCCAGACUCCAGCAUCAUCUUUGAGUUUUUUGUUCAGAAUGACCAGUGCCAGCCCAAUACAGAUGACUCCCGGUGGAUGAAAACCACAGAGAAAGGAUGGGAAUUCCACAGUGUCGAGCUAAAUCGAGGCAAUAACGUCCUCUAUUGGAGAACCACAGCCUUCUCAGUGUGGUCCAAAGGUUCCAAGCCAGUACUGGUGAGAAACAUCGCCAUAACAGGGGUGGCCUAUACUUCAGAAUGCUUCCCCUGCAAACCCGGCACAUACGCAGACAAGCAGGGCUCCUCUUUCUGCAAACUUUGUCCAGUCAACUCUUAUUCCAAUAAGGGAGAAACUUCUUGCCACCAGUGUGACCCAGACAAAUACUCAGAAAAAGGAUCCUCUUCCUGCAAACUGCGCCCAGCCUGCACAGACAAAGACUACUUCUACACGCACACGGCCUGUGAUGCCAACGGAGAGACACAGCUCAUGUACAAAUGGGCCCAGCCGAAAAUCUGUAGCGAGGAUCUCGAGGGGGCGGUGAGGCUGCCGGCCUCUGGCGUGAAGACCCGCUGCCCGCCCUGCAACCCAGGCUUCUUCAAAACCGACAACAGCACCUGCAAGCCCUGCCCCUACGGCUCUUAUUCCAAUGGCUCCGAUUGCAGCCACUGCCCAGCUGGGACUGAACCUGUUGUGGGAUUUGAAUACAAAUGGUGGAAUACACUGCCGACGAACAUGGAAACGACCGUUCUCAGUGGGAUCAACUUUGAGUACAAGGGCAUGGCAGGCUGGGAGGUGGCCGGUGAUCACAUUUACACAGCUGCUGGAGCCUCAGACAACGACUUCAUGAUUCUCACUCUGGUUGUGCCAGGAUUUAGAGUUCCACAAUCGGUGACGGCGGACACAGAGAACAAAGAGGUGGCCAGGAUCACGUUUGUUUUCGAGACCAUCUGUUCUGUGAACUGCGAGCUCUACUUCAUGGUGGGUGUGAAUUCUAAGACCAACACUCCGGUGGAGACGUGGAAAGGUCCCAAAGGCAAGCAGUCCUACACCUACAUCAUCGAGGAGAACGCAACCAUGAGCUUCACCUGGGCCUUCCAGAGGACCACCUUCCAUGCGAUAGGCAGAAAGUACACCAGUGAUGUCGCUAAGAUCUACUCCAUCAAUGUCACCAACGUCAUGGAUGGGGUGGCCUCCUACUGCCGUCCCUGUGCCCUGGAAGCCUCUGACAUGGGCUCCUCCUGUACCUCUUGUCCUGCUGGCCACUACAUUGAUCGGGAUUCAGGGACCUGCCACUCCUGCCCCCCUAACACGAUUCUGAAAGCCCACCAGCCCUAUGGAGUCCAGGCCUGCACGCCCUGCGGUCCAGGGACCAAGAGCAACAAGAUCCACUCUCUGUGCUACAACGAUUGCACCUUCUCAGUCAGCACUCCAAGCAGAACCUUCGACUACAACUUCUUGGCCCUGGCAGACACCAUCUCUCUGGCUGGAGGGCCAAGCUUCACUUCCAAAGGGCUGAAAUAUUUCCAUCACUUUACCCUAAGUCUCUGUGGAAACCAGGGUAAGAAAAUGUCCGUGUGUAGCGACAAUGUCACUGACUUCCGGAUUCCUGAGGGCGAAUCAAGUUUCUCCAAAUCCAUCACAGCCUACGUCUGCCAGGCGGUCAUCAUUCCCCCCGAGAUGACAGGCUACAAGGCUGGAGUGUCCUCACAGCCUGUCAGCCUCGCUGAUCGACUUAUUGGGGUGACAACAGAUCUGACCCUGGAUGGAAUCACCGCCCCAGCUGAACUUUUCCACCCGGAGUCCUUGGGAAUACCAGAUGUGAUCUUCUUUUACAGAUCCAAUGAUGUGACUCAGUCCUGCAGUUCUGGGAGGUCAACUACCAUCCGCAUCAGAUGCAGUCCACUGAAACCUGCCCCUGGAAGUCUGUCCCUUCCAAGCACAUGCUCUGAUGGGACCUGUGAUGGCUGCACCUUCCACUUCCUGUGGGAAAGCGUGGCCGCUUGUCCCCUCUGUUCAGCUGCCGACUACCACGCUAUCGUCAGCAGCUGUGUGGCUGGGAUCCAGAAGACGACUUAUGUGUGGCGAGAACCAAAGCGAUGCAUGAGUGGCAUCUCCCUGCCUGAGCAGAGAGUCACCAUCUGCAAGACGAUAGAUUUCUGGCUGAAAGUGGGCAUCUCAGCAGGCACCUGUACUGCCAUCCUGCUCACCGUCCUGACCUGUUACUUUUGGAAAAAGAAUCAAAAACUAGAGUACAAGUACUCCAGGCUGGUGAUGAACGCCACCCUUAAGGACUGUGACCUGCCAGCAGCCGACAGCUGUGCCAUCAUGGAAGGCGAGGACGUGGAGGACGACCUCAUCUUCACCAGCAAGAAGUCACUGUUUGGGAAGAUCAAAUCAUUUACCUCCAAGUUGGUGAACUGUUUGGGCCUUUUAACUUCCAGAAGGAGUACUGAACCAUCCACGUUCGCAGCAGCCAGCUCCUGUCACCAUCUCUCUUUCAGAGGACGCCUGAUGGAUUUGACUCAGUGCCACUGAAGACCUCCUCCGGAGGCCCGGACAUGGACCUGUGAGGCACUGCCCUGCCUCCCCUGCCUCCUCACGUUGGCACCUCACCUUGCAAGCCUGUGGCAAUUUGGGUGCCAGCUUCCUGCAACACCCACUGCUGAAAAAUCUCUUCAUUGUGGCCUUAUCAGAAGAAGUUUGAAUUUCAGAUUUUUGGGGUUUUUUAUAUAGAGUACCCAAACACUCCUUCCUGCUUGCCUCACACCUGCCAAAUAUACCCACAUUUCGUUUGUAUAUUACUCCCUUGCUUGCAUCUUGUUUCCCAAAAUGGUCCAGCCGCGGAGCCAUAGCUACAUCUGCUCAUAAUUCUUAUAGCUCUGGAAUGAAAAGAUUUCUCUAUCCUUAGGAACAGAAACUACUUCCUCUGUCCUCUUAUUUAAGGGCAGACGCAGCUGGGAGUUUCCCUGAUCAUGUGCCCUGGGCUCAGGAGCUCUUCAGGCAGACGCUGGGGGAGGAGGGUAUUCCCUGACCGACGUCUUCACGGUUGCCUGCAUUAGCAGCUCACACUGUGUAAUGGAUACAGGCGGAGGGCCAGCUGAGUAAGGCCUGGGCAAGAAAAGGUUUGAUAAGCACAGAGAGGCAGUAAGGAAGGUUUUGUUUUGUUCUUUAAACGAGGUACUUCAUUCCCUUCCCUUAAGUACGUGAUCAAUAUUCUUACUGGAGCCAAAAGAAGAGUUCAUUGAGAAAAUACACAAAGGCCUGGUGGAUUUAUUUCCUCCAUUUUUUAAAUCUCCCCCUAGACUAUCUCCCAAUGACACUAAGGAGAACCAAGUAAGCCCCAAACUCGGAUGUUCUAGCCUCAUUAUCUAUUUUGUCUUUACCCACAGAGAUGACAAACCCUGCCAGUGAGGAAAAUUCUCCUCCUUGAGGGCCCCAUUCCUAGAGGCUUGGGUUAUGCCAUGAAACGGGUAACAUAUUUCGAAAGAACACAGGAGGCUGAGGUUUUAAUGGGGCCACACUGGGUGGACCUGCGGUGGCAAUGUCUGCUUCUGAGCUUUUCGUCUACUCAGCCACGUCGAAUCAACAACUCUAGGCUAGCCGAAAAAGGACUUGACUCCCAGGACCAUAUGCCAGCAGCUGAACCACAUCAGUCUUCGGGGAGGAAAGACUAAGGGAGUUAGUUAACGAAGGCGCUCACCAAACGGGCACAUCACACUUUCACGCCUGUCCUCCUCUUUGCCCUGUUCUUUUCUCUGUGUGCUCAAAAACUAAAAAGACUUCUGGCCCCAAUUUCUGGCAGCAUUCUUUUGAAAGGUGAGUAAAUGUAGUGUUCUCUGUGCCCCUUUUCUCCACUUUUACACCAAAUAUAAUUAAUGAAGUUUACCUAGGAUGGUAAAACCGGAGCAAGAGUUUAAAUUUCCUUUUUCUUUUGACUACUGGCCAUUCUUCCUCCCUGUCAGGCUAGAAUGACCACCCCUUGGUCAAGGACGCAAGUGCCCAUGGUUUGUGCCUCUUCUCAAGUGGCCAUUUGGUGAUCAGAUGGUAGGUAUAGAAUGGAGGUAGCAUUUCUAAGUGGUUUGUCUGCCACAAAAUGGCUUGCUGGUCUUAUUAGCCAUGCUGCCCCAACAGUGGUCUUAUAAAAGGGUCAGUGAGAACGGGAGCCCAGCUGUGACUUCUGGCCAACCACAUCACUGAAAGCUGGCAGUCCCUUUCAUUCAAUAUAUCUAGAAAUUUUUCUUAGUGUAUUCAAAUCCCCCCUCCUCUCAGAAGCUGUGGCCACGUUGGGAUUUUCUCCUAAUGGAUGCAAAUAGCGAGCUCCUUCGCUCCAGCCUGAGGUUUUUCUGCAGCCUCAGCAAGACCCUGGGCAUCUGCUUCCCCACUAAAUAACUUGCUUUUGUGACAAAGCCCACAGAACAUCCUUAGACUAUUCUAGAAACAGUAGGACAAAGUACGUACCCGGGUGACUUCUUCAUCCUGACAUCUUGAAACGGGGUGCUCCCAGAGCAGCCUCAAACUCCACUGAUUUAUUCAUAAUACUUUACGGACCUUUUUACUGUUCCUUAGUGUACCAACUUCUGUGGCUCUUCUGUGUCCUUCCAGGAACCCCUUCAUUAUGCUAUCAGGGUCAUCUAUUGUUCCCCGAGCAACUUAAAGACACGUUAGAUAUUUUUUAACAGCUCUUUUGAGAUGUAGUUCAAAUCGCUAUACAACUCAUUUAAAAUGUCCAAGUCAGUGGAUUUCAGCAUACUCACACAACUGGGCAUCCAUCACCACAAUCACUUUUACAACAGACACAUUAGAGCAGGGGUGUCCAAACUGCGGCCCGCAAUCCAUUUUUAAUUGGCCCGCAGCAA